UCCCGACCAUGGAGUCGACAUCUUUUGCCGUUUUCUCCUGCGCUCUAUUGCUGUCGUAUGCUGGUGUGGACUCGCACUGGAAUGGACGUCAUAAUCACCACCUCGACCACCACCACCAUGACCACCACCACCAUCAACGUAGAAGCAAUUCCUACCAUUACCAUAAAGCCUGCCCCCUAGAGGAGGCUGAUGAACUACCGGCCGAGCUGCAGAACAGAACACUGCCUUCCGGAUAUCCGCACUAUCUACGAGAAGUAAUGCUUUCGCAUUGUCAAGGCUUUUGCUCCCGUAUGUUUAGGUGCGAGGCCAUCAUAUUCCUGAUGAAUCCAAAUUCUGAUGAAGGAAAGGGAAAAUGCAUUUCCUUGUUUAGGGACAUAUCUUCGCGCGCGAAGUUUGAAGGAAAGCUGAAACUCAAGUCAGAGCACGAAGAAGACGCUGUAUAUAUGCUGAAGAAGUGCCCGAAACAGAAAAGACGUCACUACCAGCCUCGGAUGCAGACGAAUUUCCAACCCCCAUCAUCCAACUACCAGUACCCUACAUCGAGUGAGGCUUAUCCUGGUUAUCCGCGUGGAAUGAGGUCUGAUGCCUACCCCAGAUCGAGUGAAGUCUAUCCUGGCUAUUCGCGUGGAAUUAGGUCUGAUGCCUACCCCAGAUCGAGUGAGAUAUAUCCUGGCUAUUCGCGUGGAAUGAGGUCUGAUGCCUACCCCAGAUCGAGUGAGGUCUAUCCUGGCUAUUCGCGUGGAAUGAGGUCUGAUGCCUACCCCAGAUCGAGUGAGGUGUAUCCUGGCUAUUCGCGUGGAAUGAGGUCUGAUACCUACCCCAGAUCGAGUGAGGUCUAUCCUGGCUAUUCGCGUGGAAUGAGGUCUGAUGCCUACCCCAGAUCGAGUGAGGUCUAUCCUGGCUAUUCGCGUGGAAUGGGAUCUGAAGUCUACCCUAGAUCGAGUGGGGUCUAUCCUGGCUAUUCGCGUGGAAUGGGAUCUUAUAACUCCCCUAGAUCGAGUGAGGCCUAUUCUGCUGCCUACGGCACAAGUACAGCAUCGAGCUCAACUAUUGCCCCAACCCCUACUUGGACUUGGAAAGAGGGUACCAGCAGGAAUGAAAAUGAACAUCACGGCGAUUCUUCAGCAUAUAUCCAAGCAUCUGCUGGUCCGACGUCUGAGCCCAUGUCAUCUUUUACCACGCCGACUAGACCAUAUGUGUCAGCCGCAACAACGAAAUCUUCAACACAACAUCCACAGCCGACAAAGUGGCCUGCAAGACAAACGCCGAAGAACGCUCAGACGCCUAAACCAGUGAGCCUACGACCGAGAAUCAAAUCUACCCGACCCGGGUCCAGCUGUAGAUACUAUAAAACGAACGUAACAGAGGCUAGGCAGGUUUACUUCACUGAUGUUAUGAGGAAGGCGCCUCACGGAAGGAUAUUGCCCUUUCGUCGGUGUAUGGCCGAGUGUGAUAAGAGGUCACAGUGCGACUAUUUUUCCAUCUACGGCCCCCGGAAGAUAUGCUGCCUAGUGGAGAAUAAAUCCAAGAAGCCAGUGAUUUAUUUAAAACACUGCAAGAAAAAAGGUAAAAAGGUGCGGUGUACUUUCCCUGUGACAGCCAGGGAAAGAAUCUGGGACAGUUAUCAUCAAGUUGCCAACUCGAAGGUCAUCCCGCUUAAGGGCACGGCAGAACAAACUCUGCGUGAAUGUAUGAAACGAUGUGAGCAGGCGAGCAAUCUCUGUUCUGCAUUCGUGUACAGAGAAUCUAUCAAACACGCAGCCCAUUGUUUUCUUCUCAGGGUGACGCCAUUGUUUGGACGCAGCUGCAACGUUCUCCAAGGUGAAAAGUGCGACCUAAAGCGAAUCAAAAGACCUUUCACGCAAUACCGUUACUCAAUAACUACAAACGUGAAGAAUCGAAAUGCCCCGAUGAAGCUUUGUAACAGUCAAUGUAAUAGUAACCCGUACUGUGUUAUGGUGACCUACAUUCCGAAAAAGAAAGCCGGUCGGCGCCACUGGCGGCCUCCAUAUUGUCUGAUAUGGGUGGCAAAUUCGGCCAUGAAAAAACAGUGCACUGGUGGCAAUUGCAAACUAGUGAAGAUGGAAGCAUUUGUGACGAAGAUCCCGGUACUUUACUUCGCAUCCUUGCACACUUUCAAGAGAAACUCAAUGGAUACUUGCAAAGCCGAAUGCCAAAAGAACAUACGUCAAUGUCUCGGGUUCGAAGUAAUCGCUGAGUACCGGGCAGGCUGUCGAAUCUUUUACGAGAUGAACUACCAACGGAAGGUUUGUACUGCAGGAACAUGCAAAAUGAUCCCGGUGAAGAAGGGCGAGCAUUUCAAGGUGCCCGGGAUAUCUUACUCGGCCGUGCUCGGCCCGGAAAACUGCACCAAGAAGUGCGAAAUAGAGGAAUCUUGCCAUUCAGUCGGGAUGGUGGAGUCGACUAAACACUGCAGGCUCUUCGGCAUCAACUUCGCCCAGCCGACGACCUAUUAUAAACAGUGUGACGCAAACAAGAAAUGCACAAUGAAGAUUGCACAAGAAAACACCUUCAUCGCCAGCUACUGGAGGGUCCAAAAGAACCUAAUGAUCGCGAGACGCGUGCGGGGAACAAGUAGUGCAGUCUGCCAAGCGGCCUGCAGCCGGGUGGAAGAAUGCACGGCCGUCUUCGAUGCCUGGUCCGCGGACCUCGAGUUCAGGAAUUGUUACAUGCUCAAAGAGAAGGCUUACCAUUACAAGAAGGUGUGUAGAAACGGUCGAUGCAAAUCAAUAAGGGUUCUAGCCAUUCUGCCCGCCAACUCAACUGACUUCCACGUGGUAUCGAAAGAGUACGGUCCUAGUCACCGUUCGUGCAGUGACAACUGUCAGUGGAAUGAUGACUGUCAUAUCCUGGACAUAUACCCAAACCACGCGGCGAAGUUGACGAAAGGAGGAACAAAGCACCAUGCAAAAAACCGUGGUUCCCACAACCCCUAUGAACAGUACAACUCGAAGCAUGGGAAAUUUGUGUGUGUGGUGAUACGGCAUCAACGAAUGCCCACGACUAGGAAAAGAACGGUGAACCCGUGGAAACUGAUUGACUUCGACCCGACACCAUACGUUGAGAUCAAACGCUUCACGAAGCGUUGCAAAGGUAAAAUGUGCAAGAUGGUCUACACUGAGGCUAUCAAGAACAGACCGCGGUGCGAGUUUAUCCCCUUCACAGGGCUGUUGAAAAAGGCUCGAAGCCGCAGUUUAUCCAAAUGCUUCCGAAAGUGCGUGUCAGAUCCAGAUUGCGCUUUUACGUUCGUCAAAACUUCAUUCAGUCGAAAUAAGAAACUCAUUGGUCCUAAGUGUUUUUUUGGUGCAGACCCAACGAUGUACGCCAAGGAAUGCAAGAAACGAACUAGUUAAACCGUACACGCCGUCCUUCCCGGGCUCCUUCUCGGCGGAGCUGCAAGGGUCCACAAAUAUUUGCUCGUAUUGAAUAUUACUCCGUCCCUUGUCGCCUCUCAGAAUAUCAGAAUGGACGUUGGCCUAACGGCAACGAACAGAAUAUUAAUACAUUGUGAUGAAGUGCUUCGGGUGAUAAAACUUGCGGUUGAGUGUGACUUUUGGGUGAAAAGGCAUUUGUCACAAUAGCGGUUUCGUGCAGACUGGUGUAAAUAAAUAUGUAGGAAAUAUGUUCAAUAAACCAACUCUGACCCU